AUGGAUGCGGGUCAUGAAAUAGUGACUGAAGAUCUGGUAGUCAAAGAAAUUACUCGAAGUAGACAGCCAAAAAAUAAAAUCAUAUCAUGGUGUUCCGAUAGUUGGAGAGCAAUACUUGCUGAAUUUUUGGCAACUAUAUCGCUACUUUUCUUUGGGUGUAUGACCUGCGUACCUAUAGAUAAUUUGCCUAUGAACCCACCUCUAUACGGUCCUUUGGGAUUUGGAUUAAUAGUUAUCUUGAAUAUUCAGAUUUUCGGACACAUAUCUGGAGCUCACAUGAAUCCUGCAGUGACUUUAAGUGCUAUUAUAUGGGGAAAAAUAUCUGUAGUUCUUGGUAUUGGUUAUAUAAUUGUUCAAUUUUUUGGUGCGAUUAUAGGAUAUGGUGUAUUAGUCGGACUAUCUCCAGCAAAUAUAUCGACAGCAGUCUGUAUCACUCAACCGCAUGCACGAUUUACAGAAUAUCAAGCACUAGGUGUGGAAAUACUUUUGACAACUGGAUUAGUGCUUGCGAAUUGUGCUGUCUGGGAUCCUGUGAAUGUAAAUAAUAAUGAAAGUAGUUCUAUAAAAUUUGGUCUGAUAGUAGCUGCCCUUUGCGUGGCUGGAGGACCAUUAACUGGAGCUAGUAUGAAUCCGGCAAGAUCUUUAGGUCCAGCGAUAUGGACCAAUACUUGGAAUGCACAUUGGGUUUAUUACGCAGGGCCUUUUUUGGGCUCAGCAUCGGCAACAGUCUUUUAUAAGUACGUGUGGUUAUUAAAAGUAAAGGAGCCAGAAACACUCUCUUGGACUGGUAGUAAAUGUCGUGUA